AUGUUUAAACUCACAUUUAGACAACCACUCCGAUUCUUCUCAACCAGUCGUGUCAGAUGUGCUGACACCACAUAUCUUGGUGAUGCAUUAGCUACUGAUGGGUCAAUAGAAACUGUUGAAUUAGAUUAUGAUAAAUAUUCACCAGACCAACAACCAACUCUGUUCAAAUCACCUUUGGUUUUCAUUCAUGGAUUAUUUGGAUCACGUAAGAACACUAGAACUGUUGCUAAACAAUUAAGUACUCGAUUGAAUCGUGAUGUAUACUGUCUUGAUUUAAGAAACUUUGGAAGUUCUCCCCAUCAUCCUCGUUUAGAUUAUCCUAGUUUUGCAGCAGAUGUUGAAAAUUGGAUUGAAGAACAAAAAUUCCCAGAAUUUGCUAAGCCUAUUAUGGUUGGACAUUCAAUGGGAUCAAAAGCUGUUAUGGCUUUAGCUUUGAGAAGACCAGAUUUACCUAAAUUUGUAUGUGCCGUAGAUACUGCACCUAUUGCUUUUGGUAAUUCGGAUUCCCAAUUUGGAAAAUAUGUUAAUCAAUUACGUUUAGCUGUUGAAAAAUACAAAUAUACAAAUAUGAAAGAUGUUGAUGCUAAGUUGGCUGAGGUUGAACCUAGUGAAGUAGUUAGACAAUUUUUGAUGACUAACUUAAACCGUGGGAAAAGACAUGAACAUAUUACUUCUAAGAUUCCUUUGGAUAUUGUUGGUAAUGCCAUUAAUAAAGGAAUUAUUUGGAGUUGGCCAUAUGAUCUGAACAUCUCAAGAUGGACAGGUCCUACUUUGUUUAUCAGAGGAACUCAUUCUAAAUAUGUUCCGGAUGAAGCCAUUCCUGAAAUUGCCAAAUUCUUUCCUGAUUUUGAAAUUAGAGAUAUUGAAAGUGGACAUUGGGUUAUUAGUGAAAAGCCAAACGAGUUCAUGGAUGUCUUGUCAGAAUUUGUAGAAAGAAGAGAAGACGAGGAUAUUUAA